AUGCUUUCUUUACUUGUGUCCGGGGCGGCCGUGCUCACUUUGUUCAAGCUAUCGGUGUUAGGGUUUGUUUUGUUUAUCGUGCGGGCGGUGGUUCGCAAAUAUUGGACGCCGAUCAGAGAUAUACCCGGCCCGUUUUUGGCUUCUUUUUCGAAAUUAUGGCAGGUUUACCACUUGUGGAAGGGUCAUGGCGAGCAAGAACUCAUUGAUCUCCACAAGAAGCAUGGAUAUUUUGUUCGCAUUGCUGAGAAUGAAGUCAGUGUCUCUCAUCCAGACGCAGUAAAGCAGCUCCUCCAAGCAAAUAUAGCAAAAGGCCCUUGGUACUCAAUCUUCAGCCUACCAGACUACCACUAUGUGAACCAGAUGUCCGAAUUGAACCCAAAACGACACAUCGAAAAGUCACGGAACAUAGCCGCCGGCUUCGCACUAUCAAACAUCAUCAAAUCCGAGCCACACGUAGACGAAAUCCUCCACAGUCUUGAAGAGCGCUUCGACGAAUUAAGCAAAAGCAACGAGGCAGUGGAUUUCGACAAAUGGUUCAGCUUCUUUGCCUUCGACGCGUUGGGCGAAGUGACAUUCUCGAAAUCCUUCGGCUUCGUGGAAACAGGCACAGACAUCAGAGACGCGGUUGCAAACACCAAAGCCCUGGCCCUCUAUAUCGCAGUCAUGGGCCACUAUACCUGGCUACACAACCUGACGCUCGGAAACCCGCUUCUGAGCCGCAUUGGCAUCCAGCCUUCGUCGCAUGUCUUCGAUACCUGUCUUGCUGCUAUUGAUGCACGCAAGAAAAACCCCGAAACAAGAAAUGAUAUGAUGCAGCGCUGGCUGGAUGUUCGGGCUAAAUAUCCUGAUCGCAUGGCGGAGAAUGAGAUCUUUGCGGCGGCUGUUGCGAAUAUCGGGGCUGGGGCCGAGACUGUCGGUGCGACAGCUCAGGCGUUUGUUUACUACCUCCUGCGUCAUCCGCACUAUUUGCAGCGACUGCGCGAUGAGAUUGAUGCUGCUCAGGAUCGCGGUGAACUCUCGCCCAUGGUGCAGUAUAAUGAGGCGCAGAAGUUGCCGUUCCUUCAGGCUUGUUUGAAAGAGACGUACCGUUUCCACUCGGCUGCUGUUGGUGGCCUUCCCCGAGUCGUGCCACAAGGUGGAAUGACUAUUGCCGGCAGAUAUUUCCCUGAAGGAGUGGUUCUCAGUAUCAACACGUGGGUCUUCCAUCGAAACCCGCAAAUCUUCGGCGAGGAUUGCAACAGCUUCAACCCAGACCGCUGGCUUGAAACCGAUACCACUUAUAUCGACUCAUUUUUGAUCCAUUGGGGAGCCGGGUACAACCAAUGCCCUGGCCGCAACCUUGCUCAAUUUGAGCUACUGAAACUAAUGGCAACACUGAUAAGAGACUAUGAUAUUGAGCAAGUGGAUGCUAAAAAAGAGUGGGUAUUCAAGAGCCAGUUUACGGCUGUUCCGUCUGGAUGGCCAUGCAAGAUUCAAAGACGCUCGCGCGAUUGA